UUUUCACGAGUAAAGGAGAAUAAGAGACAUGAAGAAGAAUUACAGAUGAGAGAAAAAGAAAUCAUUAGUUUGAAACAUACUCGUUUACAGGGUAAUCGUAACUCUAAUAUUAUAAAACAAGAAUUAAAACUGUUACAAUCCGUAACAGUUGAUGAUUCACUUCAUUGGAUAAAAGAUGCAUUCACUAAUUUAUUUAAUGAAGAGUUGACAUGGUUACAAGGAAUUGAAGACUCACUUGAAAUGUGUGGUUAUAACAUAAAGUCAUCGGAUCAAGGUCCUGCCAAAUAUAUUGAAAACCUUCAAAUCAGAGUGGAAAAUGAAAUUAAAGAAAAGGAGGAUAUUAAGUUAAAACUGACAACUAUUGAAUCUGAAGUGAGAAGUGAAAUGAACAGUCAAGUCAGUGACUUGAAACGUGAACAUGAAAUGCACGUCAGUGAUGUAGUAGAAAAGAUACGAGCUGAAGCUGAUCAGAAAGUUCACUUGGCUGUUGAUGAAGUGAGACAAGCUGAAAUGGAGAAAAGAUUAGAGGCAAUAGAAGCUGAAAAGCUGAAGAGACAAGAUUUACAACAGACAAUAGAUGAAAUGAGACAGGCGGUAACUAUGAAAGGUGAACAAGAGAAGGAACACAUGACUGUUGUCACAGAGAUAGAACAACAAAUGGAAGAGAUGAGAGUGGUGGAAAUGAAGUUGAAAGAUGAAAUGGUGAACAAAGAAAUUCAGUUUAAAGAGGAGAUGAAGCAACUACGGGAUCAACAUGAGGAUGAGAAGAGAUCUCAUUACACUGAGGUAGCUGCUUACAAGGAGCAAGUAAGACAGCACGCUGUGACCAUUGUUGCUAUGGAGGAGAGGUUAUUAAAGAUCACCCAGCAACAGAAAGAAAUGGAAGAAGAAAGGAGUGAUUUGAAACAACAAAUUGAGAGAAUACGUUCUAAACCUGUUCCACCGCCAAAACCAGCUGUGCCAUCAAAACCAGUCAUAGUUCAAGCCGGUCCUGAUAUACAGGCAUUAGAACAACUUGUUCAAGUUUUAAGACGAGAGUCAAAUGAUUACAAGAAAGAAAUGCAAGACCAGCAGGACAUUAUAUUAGGGCUGAGAAGAGAUCUGGCAGGGGCAUCAGCCAGGUUAUCUGACAUGACUGGUGAACUGAGUGAGCGUCAGAAACAGGAAAUGGAAAACAAUCUCACUCUGAUGAAAGAUAUGGAACAAGAAUUGAUGACACAGCGACAACAAAUGGCUAAGUUGUCAGAACUUGUUGACAAACAAACAAAUGAAGCAAGAAAACUCCAGGCAGAACUCAGUGAUGAGAGAAAACUGUUGUCAAGAUCACAAAAUGAAAACAAGCAGAAAUCAGAGGAGGUUGUGGCAUUGCAAAGUCAGUUGUCUUCAGUACAACAAACACAACAAGAAAUAACUGUCAAAAAAGAACAAGAAGGUGUAAUUGCUACUGAGUUGGCGUCAUUUGGUGCUCAGUGUCGUGGUGAGAGACAUGAACAAGUUAUAGCCAGACAAAGAGAAGCUUUGGCUGAACUCAGAUCAAGAAUCAAAGGUUUAGAACAAUCAAGACCCCCAAUUCCUUCCGGUGAUCAAGCCUUGCAGCAGGUCGUCCUUCUCAAAAAAGAACUUGCUGAGAUGCGAGCACAACAGGUGUCUCUUAGCGGUAGUAAUGGUUUUAACAUCCAGGAUGCAACGCUGGACCAGAAGAUUGCAGAGGCCAGAGGACAAAUACCGCCCUCAGUGUCAGACACUGCCAUAGAGAGGAGUGCUCGUAUAGAGACACAAGAAGCUCUUGAAGAAAGUGAAAAAACAGUAAGUUAAAUUACUGCUUAG